AUGAUGAACGCGCUUGCCAUACUCGAACACAUUGUCAAGAACGUCGUGCCGGAGCGGUGCCAUGCUGCCAAAUCUGAACAGGUGGGAAGUUUCUACCGCGAUGUUCUUGAAGACCCUGGUUGGGCGAUCGGCGAAUGUGUAGCAUUGGUAGACGACUGGGUGGUUGAGCGAGCGAACACGGGAAAGCUUCGGGACAAGGUCGAACUUAAGCAACUGGCCGUUGACAACUUCAACCAACAUGGGGCCAUUUACGUCAUCUGUUUGAUGAUCGAAGGCGAGUUGUGGACCUAUGUCGGCCAAACUGGUAACGCGUGGAAGCGUAUCGCAGAUGGCCACAACAGAGCCUCAUACCGUUCUUUGUCCAAGCGAUCGUUUCUGUAUUGGCUAUGGGAUCAGGCGGAUGAUCUUUGGAUCUGUCUUGCAGCUUCAGGAGAUCAGCUCGCUUCUGGACCGAUUCUCAACUUGCUCGAACAGUGGGUUGCAGUUCUUUUUCUGGCUCUACAACCUCAAGAGCUAGCUUCGAACUUGCCCAAGGAAAUCUUUGCAACCAUACCUCCCCAGAACCUGCAAUGGGGAGUGGGCAUACGUGAGCCGCUGGCGGAGGGAUUUGGAUUGAGGGAUUUUCCAAUGAAAGGAUCCCCAUUCGACCAAGCGGGAGCAGCAAUGAAGCGUCGUUUCUACGCGUACAAGAAAGCCAUGCCAGUACCUGAUCGAGCAGCUCCGUACCUCUCAGGCGACCUAUUCGACGGCGACUAUCAUCCUCAUGGCAGGCAAUACCGCUUCCAUUUUGGGCGAUUGCAGUUUGAGAUCAAACGAGAUUUCGUGGACUCGCUCAAACAAGAUACGAUUUGGAUACAAUGCGAGCUUGUUCCAGUAGGAGAGGUCCACAGGAAUGAGAUCGUCAAGGGAGCUAACUAUGCUAUGUACAUUGUAUGGGACGAUCCAUCGCGACGCCUGGGUAUUCGUUUGGGCGGAUUACGGUGGUCAGACGGACGACCAGAUGAAGUUUGGGUAAAGAAGGGUGGAGAUUUUCACAACUGGCUUGCCAAGAUGAACUUCUUGGUCGACUGGCUAGAGGGUCGCGACUUGACUGAGGCACGCCCUCGACGUUGGUACCCGGGAGCGGAGGGUAGUAGAGGGCAGGGCUCAUUCACACGUCAUCCGAUUGACUUCUUAGCAGACUCAGGCGAGGAUGAGUUAUUUGGCGAUGACUGGGACCUCCCAGUUGACCCAAAGGCUUACAAGACAUGGUACGAAGCUCGUGAGGUUUAG